AUGGAAAUGUCGUCGCCUCUUGCUGCCAUGCACCCGCCACCCAUGCCUGGUCCAUGGGGUUAUCGCCGUGACCUGCCUGCAUCUAAACCAUUAUUUGGAGCACAUACUUUAGGUCCCAAGAGCUUCAACUUUCGCGACAUGAGCAUGCAUAGCAUGAAGAAGGGAGGCUCCGACUACUUCACCCUGCAGCCCAUGCGAGGGUCAGGAUCCUCGCCGACCACGAGUCUGGCCGCCGACAUGUCAUCUAACCUACAUAUGGACCAGAGGUACAAUGCUCCCUUGCAUACCCGCUUUCAAAGCUCCCAGGCUAACAUUGUCUUCCUUUGUCACAGUCCUAAGCUUGCAACCCCCCGUCGAUCGCUCUUUACCUCGAAUCUGUUUCAGCAGCACGACGCUCAAGGUAAGCGGCUGUGCACUUGCUCUGCCGUCUGUACAAGUACUCACCACUCGCCCAAAGCAGGACUGACGACCCCGCAACUCCGAUGGGAAGGCGUAACAACACCGCCAAUUCCCUCUUCGUCGCCCUGCUUUGCUCCCGACUCCAUGGACAUUUCCCCUCUGCCCCACAAAGCUCCCUUCAGCUUCCUCAACAACGACAACUCUCUGCCGCUCCCGUCUCCCUCUCCUGACGUCACCCCCACCGCCGACGACGACGAGAUGCUCUCGCCAUGCAACGAGGCAUCGUCCCUCGAGGUUCCCAGGCCCGUCUCUGCCGCUGACCGACGAAAGUCCAUCCUUCUCCGACCAUCUCUUUCGCGUGCUAAGAACUACUCGACUAACACAGUAUCCUUCAAGUCACAAGAGAACAGCCCAGCUUUCAAGUUCGGUAACGGUGAUUUCAUGAAUGCAUCUUCGCUCAGUCUGGACGAAUGUUUCACUGCUUCCCCGCCUCAAGAGCGCCGCCCCACCUCCAAUGGCUCGCUCUUUGCCUCGAAGUCUAAGCCUUUCAGCCUCAACUCGAGUUCCCUGUCGCGUGCUAAUGGUUCACCACUUGCUGUCCGGAAGCCUGCUGGUCCCCCAUCCCGGAGACCAAGCAAAUUCCGAAGGUCGCUUAGCAUGUUUGAGCAUCCUGGCGACGUGAUGAAUGCCAAGCAAGAUCAAGAGUGUAUUCCACCCAGCAGCAUUCAACCUAGUGCCCCCCAGUCAAGCCAAUUGCAGUCUGUCAUGGACAUGGAUGAAAUCCCUGCACUCAAGCUUCCUCACUUCACCACUAACGAACCUGAGAGCCUGCCUCGCAUCACUCGUGAAACGUUGAUUGAGGUGCUUGACGGUGCUUACGAUCACUUGUACGACAACAAGGUCAUUAUUGACUGUCGCUUUGAAUAUGAAUACAACGGAGGACACAUCGAGGGCGCGUUGAACUUUUGUGACAAGGAGAAGCUCGCAGAGCGCCUCUUUGAAGCUCCAUCGAGUGCUAAUACUCUACUCAUUCUACAUUGCGAAUACUCCGCACACCGUGCACCUCUUAUGGCCAAAUUCGUACGUUCCCAGGAUCGCAAGGAAAACUCCCACCAGUAUCCUCACCUCUCGUUUCCUGAGGUCUAUAUCCUAGACGGCGGCUAUAGUUCCUUUUACCACGCGCACGCAACACGUUGCUUCCCGCAAAAUUACCUCCGUAUGGAUGCAAAGGAGCACGAGCAAUCUUGCGAACGCGGAUUGAACAAGCUCAAGCAACGUGCGAAGCUGAGCCGCGCGCAAACUUUUGCAUUUGGACAACAUUCUUGCCAGAUGGAAGACAGUCCUACGGCUCUCGGUCGGGCAAAGAGUGGAGGCAACAUCUUCACUCUUGGCAACGACGACUCACUCAACUCUGGACGAAUCGGCGCGUCCCGUCGUAUGGCUUCUUAUUGA